GCAGGCUUCCGGAAGGGGGGCGUGGGGGCGCGGUCCCGGGCGGAGGGCGGAGGGCGGCGGAGCGCGGGGGACGCGUGGCCUGAUCUCGGCGUCGCCGCCGGCACCCAGGGCUCUGCGCAGCCAUGGACAGCGGAGGGCGGCCCUCGCUGGGCCAGUUCAUCCUCUUGGGCACCAGCUCUGUCGUCACCGCCGUCCUGUAUUCCGUGUACCGGCAGAAGGCCCAGGUCGCCCAAGAGCUCAAGGGAGCUAAAAGAAUCCACUUGGGUGAAGACUUAAAGAACAUUCUCUCAGAAGCCCCAGGAAAAUGUGUGCCUUAUGCUGUUAUUGAAGGGGCUGUUCGAUCUGUUAAAGAAACGCUUAACAGCCAGUUUGUGGAAAAUUGCAAGGGCGUGAUUCAGCGGCUGACACUGCAGGAGCACAGGAUGGUGUGGAAUCGGACAACCCACCUUUGGAACGACUACUCAAAGAUCAUUCACCAGAGGACCAACACAGUGCCCUUCGACCUGGUCCCCCACGAGGACGGUGUGGCCGUGGCCGUGCGAGUGCUGAAGCCGCUGGACGCCCAGGAUCUGGGCCUGGAGACCGUGUACGAGAAGUUCCACCCCUCCAUCCAGUCCUUCACCGAUGUCAUCGGCCACUACAUCAGCGGCGAGCGGCCCAAAGGCAUCCAGGAGACGGAGGAGAUGCUGAAGGUGGGUGCCACGCUCACGGGCGUCGGUGAGCUGGUUCUGGAUAGCAGCUCCGUGCGCCUGCAGCCCCCCAAGCAGGGCAUGCAGUACUACCUCAGCAGCCAGGACUUCGACAGCCUGCUGCAGAGGCAGGAGUCCAGCGUCCGACUCUGGAAGGUCCUGACGCUGGUUUUCGGCUUCGCCACCUGCGCCGUUCUCUUCUUCAUCCUCCGCAAGCACUACCUGCAGCGCCAGGAAAGGCAGCGCCUCAGGCAGAUGGAGAAGGAGUUCCAGGAGCGUGAGGCCCAGCUGCUGAGCCGCGCCAAGCCCGAGGACAGGGAGAGUCUGAAGAGCGCCUGUGUCGUGUGUCUGAGCAGCUUCAAGUCCUGCGUCUUCCUGGAGUGUGGGCACGUGUGUUCCUGCACCGAGUGCUACCGCGCCUUGCCCGAGCCCAAGCGGUGCCCCGUCUGCAGACAGGAGAUCGUCCGGGUGGUUCCCUUGUACAAUAGCUAACCGGUGCAGGGUGGCCCGGGGGGGCGGUGAGAGGGGCCCCCCACCCCC